ACUCACAACAAGUUCUUCAAUCCAUUCAAAUCUAACAGCAACAAUGACUCAUCACACUGCCUUGCUUUCCAAGUCUUCUCUCUUCUGCCUCACCAUAACUUAAAAACACUAUACUCCAUACCACUCCAUGUUGUUCCAAUCCCAGUUGCACUACUUUGAUCUCAUUAAUGGCGAACCGCGGCGAAGCAUCUGUUCAUCCAGUCCAUCCACUAUCUGUAAGGAGAAAUAAGAAGCUUAAUGGGCAUAAUAAAAGGGAGGAUCUUGAGAGAGAGGUCUCUAUGCUUCAGAAGAUGCUCGAUCGAGAAGAAAAGGUUCACCAAAUUUUAGAACAUGCAUCGAAUCGACAUGAUAGCUCCGCCAUUCAGAUCCCAAGCUUCCUGCCACAUAAGAUGAAGGAGAUCUUAGCAGAGUUGGCAAUGGUUGAGAAUGAGAUAACAAGACUUGAAACUGAAAUAAGCCAUCUUCAGAGAGGUUUGAUCAGUCAUGAGCAGCAGGAGACCUUCAAGGAAUCAAAACCUAUAAAAUGGCAAAGUGGAACCGAUGAUCUAAGUAUUAAUCCUGGUAGAUACUCCUCCCCACCAAGGUAUCCAACCCCUAUCCCCAAAAAGAUACCUGAAAGGCAAGCAUUUGAUACAAAGGCAUUACAUUUCAUAAGCAAAGCCAUUAAGGGUGACUAUGCACUUGAUUACUUCUCUAACAAUGAGAACAUAAGCACUUCCAAAGUGGUAGCAGAUCAGAAAGAAAGUAAUACCAAUGAGGACAUUGGAGUACUUGAGGACAAAGUUCCAAGAAAAAGUGGUAUACAAAAACCAACCUCUCCUAACUCAUUGCCAAAGCAAUCAACAUCAAAGCCAGUGGAACAUGAUCAAGAAGAGCUUGCGCCGGACCUCCCACCAAAAUCUUUAUCUAAUUCAAGCCCAUUAGAAGAUCAAAGUGGUCAAAAGUGGCAACCAAACAAGCUAUCUGAGAGCAUCAUGAAGUGUUUGAUCUUUAUUUUUGUGAGACUAAUCAGAACAUCAAGAACAAUGGAAUUAGAGAGGUUGGCAGCCGGCACAAUUUCUAAGUCCAAUAACUCCAGCUCCAGAAGCUUCAGGUCUGAUAUUAGCUUGAACUCCAUAACCAACCUUUCAUUACAGAAGGGAUCAAGGCAACAAGACCCAUAUGACAUCUUUGAUGUUGAAGAAUCCAUUCCUAGAGACAUUGGUCCAUACAAGAAUUUUGUGAGAUUUUCUUCGAAUUCACUGGACCUGAAAAACAUCUCAAGCUCCAGUUCUAUUCCUUUACUGCAAAAACUAAGGGUCCUAAUGAACAACCUAAGUAAGCUGGACUUGAAGUUUUUGACUUAUCAACAGAAACUAGCAUUUUGGAUCAACAUGUACAAUGCUUGCAUCAUGCAUGGGUUUCUUCAAUAUGGAGUGCCAUCUAGUCAAGAAAAACUUCUUACCCUGAUGAACAAGGCUACAUUGAACAUAGGAGGCAACAUGAUAAAUGCUCUAGCAAUAGAGAAUUUCAUCCUAAGACAUCGAUCAAGUUCCAAUUUAAAAGAUGUUUAUAGGAAAGGUGAGAUGGAGGAGAAAGAAGCCACUGUAAGGAGUAUCUACGGACUCGAAACUCCGGAGCCAAAUGUGACAUUUGCUCUAUGUUGUGGGACUCGUUCUUCUCCAGCUGUAAGAAUAUACACGGCUGAAGGUAUUUCUACAGAGUUGGAGAAAUCAAAGUUGGAGUACUUACAAGCUUCAAUUGUGGUGACUAAUACGAAAAAGAUCCUAAUCCCAGAGCUCUUGCUUCGAAACAUGAUUGAUUUUGCAACUAAUUUCAAUUCGUUAGUUGAGUGGAUCUGCCACCAAUUACCAGCAUCUGGGUCUCUUAGGAAAUCAAUGGUGGAAUGCCUCAAGGGACAUAGUUACAGCAAGUUAUCAAAUGUCAUUGAUAAGAUGCCAUAUGAGUUUGAGUUUCAGUAUUUGUUGGUCAUGUAAGUUUUCCUCCGACCAAAAAAAAAAAUGUCAUAUAAGUUUUCUCUCCCCUCUUGUAGCCAUGAAUAUGGGCGAUCCUAAUCAAACAUGGACGGAAGUUUGUGACAUUUUAAAAUUUCUUUGGAACAUGAUGGUUAUUUAAUACACUUCUCUUAUUCAAA